AUGGCCGCUCCGCCGAUUCGAGAGGGCAUUCGCACACGUAGUGCGGCCAAAAUGGCCAGCACCCUGGAAGUGCCGCAGCCUACUGCGACGGCAUCGUCGACGUCGGAGGUCGAGUACAAGCACAGCUAUGCCAAGCCCGAUCUGCGUGAUCCGCAGAUCGUGGGCGGUGUCAAGGAGCGUGCUGUAGCGCAGUACACACCUGGUAUCGUCAUCAGCGAGCAGGGUCGUGAGCGUGAUAAGGCUAUGGACACGCACCAUGAGUAUGAGUUUGGCGGUCCGUGGGGUGUGACGGCGAUGAUUACAUUGUUCCCAGUGCUUAUGUACUACCUGUGGAUCUGCUUGUGGUUCUACGAUGGCCACUUUGCGCACCCGACCAGUGUGUCUGACAUUGUGCCCUUCUUUGGCCGCAUGUGGCAGCAUGUGUAUGAGGAUGCCUUCCCGACCAAGCGUGCCUUUAUUGGCUACGGUGGUCUGAUGGUCGUCGAGUUUGUGUUGGCGUGGUUCGUGCCGGGCUACAUGCAGGAAGGUCUGCCUGUGCCGUCGCUCAACUACAAGACACUGAUGUACAAGUGCAAUGCUCUGGGCUGCCUUUAUCUUACUCUGCUCAUUGCAGCCGGCCUGCACGUUUCGGGCGUGUACCGUUUGACGCAGAUUAUCGAGCACUUCGGCGAGUACAUGACUGUGGCGAUGAUCGCUGGCUUUGCAGUUAGCUUUGCGACGUACUUCCACGCUGUGGUGACCAAAACAACGCACCGUAUGAGCGGCAACUUUAUGUACGACUUUUUCAUGGGCGCUGCCCUCAACCCGCGCAUUGGCCCGAUUGAUCUGAAGAUGUGGGCGGAGGUGCGCAUUCCGUGGAUCCUGCUGUUCAUGAUCAGUGUGAGUGGCGCGUGCAAGCAGUACGAAGAGUACGGCUAUGUGACGCCGAACAUGGCGUUCAUGGUCCUCGCUACGGGUCUGUACAUCAACGCGUGUGCCAAGGGUGAAGAGUGCAUUCCGCAGACUUGGGACAUGUUUUACGAAAAGUGGGGCUUCAUGGUCAUCUUCUGGAACUUUGCUGGUGUGCCAUUUACGUACUGCUACAGCAUUGUCUACAUGGCAGCUCACCCGCCGGAGUACUACCGCUUCUCGACGUUUACGUACAUUUUCAUGUACUCGCUCCUUCUCUUUGCGCACUUUGUGUUUGAUUCGUCCAUGGCGCAAAAGUCGCGUUUCCGUAUGCAGCUGCAGGGCACACUCAAGGUGCGCUGGAGCUUCCCCCAAUGGCCCUGGAGCACGCUGAAAAACCCUCGCUACCUCCAGACAGCGCACGGAAAUGCACUGCUCAUCGACGGCUGGUGGCAGUUCCUUCGUAAGCCAAACUACACGGCCGACUGGACGCAGGCGUUCCUCUGGGGCGCCAUCGCGGGCACUCGCUCCAUCAUUCCGUACUACUAUGCCGCAUUCUUCCUGGCCGUGCUGACGCACCGCUGUGGCCGCGACUUUGAGCGUUGUGCGCGCAAAUACGGUAAGGACUGGGAGAAGUACUGCCAGAUUGUGCCGUACCGCUUUAUUCCGUUUGUGUACUAA